AGCCAGGCUCAAAGCUAUAAGAGAGUUGCCAACUGCAAUGGGCUAAAUUAUCAACGAGCCAGUUCAAGUAUCAGACUUUACAGAAACAUGUUGUGGAUAACACUUUCGCUUCUUAUUGGAUUGCUUAUACUUGUUCUCUUCUAUGCUCGCAGAAGACAGAAAAAUGAGCCUCCUCUGGACAAAGGUUUCCUGCCCUGGUUGGGACAUGCGCUGGAGUUUGGAAAAGAUGCUGCAAAGUUUUUGAGACGCAUGAAAGAAAAACAUGGAGACAUCUUCACCGUGCGUGUGGCGGGGAAGUAUGUGACGGUGCUGUUAGACCCAAACUCCUUCGACAGUGUGGUGAAUGACACAGUCUGUUUGGACUUCUCUCGCAUCAGAAAUCAGCUCAUAAAAACGGUCUUUGGUCUGCAGCUGCCAGGCACCAGUCCUACGUCAGAGCGAAAAUGGAUGGAGAGGCAUUUCCAAGGUCUCAAUCUCUUCAAACUCAGCGCGUCAAUGAAUGUUCAUCUUCAGAAUCUGCUGCUAAGUAACAACACUAACAGCAGCUUGUCAGAGUGGAGACAAGAUGGACUGUUUGACCUGUGUUACAGCCUUCUUUUCAGAGCUGGAUACCUCACGUUAUUUGACAGUAGAGAUGAUCCGGCUGCAGUUUACAGAGAAUUCCGCAAGUUUGAUGAACUUCUCUCUAAACUUGCUCGCAACUUACUCAAGCAGGAGGAAAGAAAAACGGCAAGGUCAUGUCAGGAGCGUCUGUGGGAGCUGUUAUCCCCCGGCUGGCUCAGCGAGGAGUUAGAUUCUUGGCAGCAGAGCUACUAUCGCUUUCUGCAGGAGGAGAGGAUAGAUGCAGAAAUGCAGAACAGAGCACUUCUUUUGCAGCUGUGGACCACACAGUGCAAUGCUGGACCUGCUGCCUUUUGGCUCCUCGGCUACCUACUCACUCACCCUGAGGCCAUGAAAGCAGUUAAGUCAGAGAUCAGAGGCCUUUCCACUCUCCAGGAUACUCCCCUGCAGCAUCCCUCCAUCAGCCUGCUGGAAGCACACUGCACGCCUGUGCUGGACAGCGUGCUGAGUGAGACCCUACGGCUCACCGCUGCGGUGAUGAUCAGUCGAGAAGUGGUGCAGGACAAGAUCCUGCACAUGGCCGACGGGCAGGAGUACCUCCUCAGACGAGGGGACAGAGUAUGUCUGUUCCCCCUCCUCAGCCCUCAGAUGGACCCACAGAUACACCAAGAGCCACAGAUUUUCAAGUAUAAUCGCUUCCUAAAUGAAGAUAUGACAGUGAAGGAUCAUUUCUACAAGAAUGGAAAAAGACUGAAGUACUACACCAUGCCUUGGGGCGCGGGGAAAAACAGCUGCGUUGGGAAGGAGUUUGCUGUUGCAGCCAUUAAACAAUUCGUGUUCUUGCUCCUGACCCAUCUUGACCUGGAGUUGUGUGACCCCGAGGCUAAAGUGCCCCCGGUCAACUCCAGUCGCUAUGGCUUCGGGAUACUUCAGCCUGACGGAGAUCUUCAAGUCCGAUACAGGUUGAGGAGGACGCGGCAUGAAAUGUGACUCCAUAAAUCGCCACGAAAAAAAUCAAGAGGCCUUUCUGAUAGAUUAACUGUAGCACUAUUUAUUCUCUGUGAUAUUUAAUCAUUUUAUCAAUAAACCAGAUUGACUUUGUUGUUUAAAAUAUGUAUAUAUUUUCAAUAAAUAUUUGC